AUGGCUUCGGAGGCGUAUAUCCGAAAUCAGUCAGAGUAUCUGAAAGCCGGUAAUUUGUCAGAUCUCACGCUGAAUUUCGGCGACCGCAGCUGGAAAGCUCACAAAGCUAUUGCAUGCUCGCACUCGCAAUGGUUCCGGCGAGCGGUCACCGGCGCGUUUGAAGAGAGCUCCAGUGGUAUCGUCACUCUCCAAGACGAGCCUGAGUUUGCCGACGCCAUCGACUGUAUGGUGUCGUACUUCUACAGCGCUGGCUACACUAUCUCUGUGUAUGAGUCCUCGGCUGCGCUGCUGCAUGCCAGAGUCGCUAUUAUCGCAGACAAGUAUGACUGCGCAGCACUGUUCGAGGUGGCUAAGGCUAAGCUCGCGGACUGCAUCGGGACGGCCGAUAUCGACGACUGGGUCGCCAUUGCCGAUCUAAUAUACAACUACACCGCAUCAGAGCUUGAGUCUCACGCGCAGCUGCGAAAAUCGGUUGUUGGGGCUGCCACCGCCCUUAACAACGCCACAGAGGCCUUCCUGCGAAACGAACACGUCAAGGAGCUGCUCCGCUCCAACGCGGAUUUGGCAACAGAUCUUCUGAUUUCCAACGAUCAAGAUUGGUAG